AUGGAUAUUCGAAUUUUGUUGAGCAGGGAGUGGCAUUGUUCUUUACAGCAUACCUACCGAGAAGAUAACUUUUAUGCUGAUUGGUUGGCUAAUGUUACAUGUGUUCUGGAUGACGACUUUGAGCUACUAUCUGAUCCGCCUGAUGGGCUGAAGACUUUAUUGGACGCUGAUGCUAGGGGAGUCCACGAUUUGCCCUUGGAAAUGCAGACUGUGGUCAAUCUUAAGAAAAUUGGUGAUUCUAUUGGGAGAGUGGUAACUCUAGAAAAGCCGGAGUGGAAUCAAGGCUCUGGUAGAUGCUAUAUGCGUCUUCACUUGGAACUUGAUGUGCAUAAACCCUUGAUCCCUGGGUUUUGGGUUCCUCGCAAAGAUAAGGCGAAAAUUUGGAACUGUGGUGAAUCGAUGCCAGUCGGUAGCAGAGAAUGUGCUUUUGGACCUUGGAUGAGAGCAGUUCCGGUGAGAUCAGUUAUGGAGGAUCGGCUGAUAAAUGUUGAUGAGAAAGGAACUUUUGAACUUCCUUAUGAGGGUCCUCUUCAUGAAAAUGCUGGUAUCUUAACCAGAGUACUGCCGGAAUCUCAGUCCGAUGGGAUUCCAGUGCUUAACGAGGAAGAAGAGGGCGAGUUUUGUGAAUUGGCCAAGAAAUCUAAGAUGGCGGCGCGUGAGACGUUUGUGGGUAAUUCAUUUAGGAAGCGCGUUGAAAUUUCUGAAAGGGUCAGCCAAGCGCGUGGUAACUCUGGUGUUUCCAAUGAUAAAGCGCGUGUAGUUGAUUGCGUUUCCCAAGGAAUUAGUUGUUCGGGAAUCGAGAAUGUUGGUGACGAUAGUAGUGGAAAUUGUGGCUACUCAGAUCUGAAUAAGCAAAUCACUGCUGAAUAUGUGGAUAGCCAGUUAGUCUCUGUUGACAAAGGAGAUUUUUUUAGUACUGAGUCAACCGGUUCUCGAAGCUUAUCUUCUGUUAACACUCCCCCUUCUUCUAAGGAUAUAGUUUAUGUUGAUAACUCCCUAGUUUGUAAUAAGGAGAACCUGGUCUCCUCUGAAUCUGGUUGUGAUAAACUUAUUGCUUCCUUAAGUGAGCAUGAUCACUCAAGCAUUAUUAAAAGUAUAGCUUAUGAAUCACAAGUUGAUACUCUGUCUUCUGAGCAGUCUACUUCUACUGUGGUGAAUGUUGAUCCUACUGUUCUGCAUCAAGUAGAGAUUGGUCUAUCGAGCUUUUUUAGAAACUUAAAUCUUAAAAGGAGAUUUGAGGAUGCCUUGCUGAAUGAUAAAGCUAGUAGUAAAAGGAUGUGGGUGGAGAAUGAAAAUGGCUUUAUAAUUAAGUAUAUUUCUAAUGAAAGCAGUUUAGCUGUUGAUAUGGUUGCUUCCCAGGAUACUGAUGUUAUAAUGAGUAAUAAAGCUAACAGGAUUAUGGUGAACAGAAGGAUGAGAAAAAGAGCUAGCAUUGUUGGUAAUGGAAGACUUAGAGAAGUGCAAGGUGCGGGGCCAGCCUUGACAGUCCAAGCUCUUAAAGAGCUCAUAAGGAAAAAUGGUCCCCAGAUUCUCUUUAUUAUGGAGACGAAGAAUAAGAGGAAAUACAUGGAGAAUCUGAAGAGGAAUCUGAAGUUUAGAUUUUGUUUUUAUGUAGAGCCGGAAGGACUUAGUGGUGGUUUGGCCUUAUUGUGGCAUGAUGAUGUUUCUGUCCAUAUAAUCAGAAGCUGCAAGAAUUUAAUUGAUUCUACAGAAACUGAUCUGAAGAGUGGUGUUGUUUGUCGUAUCUUUUGGGUGUAUGGGCCUCCUGAGGCUGAUGAUAGAGCUCAUUUUUGGCAUCUGGUCAAGAGGAGAAUGGAAUAUCAGAAUAUCCCUUGGUUAUGUGUAGGGGAUUUCAAUGAUAUUCUGUAUCUCCAUGAGAAGGAAGGUGGGAAUACUAAGGAAUACUGGAAGAUUAGGAAAUUCAGGGAGAUGGUUGAUGGCUGCAAUUUGAUUGAUCUACCCUUCCAAGGUCAGAAAUUCACUUGGAUUGGGAGAAGAGAUGAGUUAGUUAUUAAGGAAAGGUUGGAUAGAGUCCUUGUUAACAUUGAAUGGGUUGAGCAGUUUCCUAACACACAGGUUUUCAAUAACCCCAUUAUUGGUUCGGAUCACUCAUCUAUUCUGAUAGAUUCGAACUUCAUUGAUCAAAAAACCCCUCGGUCUUUCAAAUUUGAGAUCAUGUGGACUGAGAGUGAGCAUUGUGAGCAAGUUAUUAGGGAUGGCUGGUCCAAUGAGUUUAUGGGUUCUAAAUCCUAUAUCCUGGUGCAAAAACAGAAUAGCUGUAGGAAAGCCCUUUUGGAUUGGAGCAGAAAGGCUUUCCCCAAUAAUAAGGAGGCCAUUGAAUGUUUAAAACAGAAAAUUGCUGCCAUCCAAGAUAAUGAGUGUUCUGUUGAAAGCUGUAUUAAGGUUGAGGAACUUAUUUCUCAACUUAAGGAAGCAUGGAGUAAAGAAGAGCAGUACUGGUAUCAAAGGUCUAGAAUCAAGUGGCUCAAGGAUGGGGAUGCUAAUACCAGGUUCUUUCAUCAAACUACUAUUCAGAUGCGACAGACCAACAAAAUUCUCAAUCUUAAAUCUGACAAUGGUGAAUGGAUCGAAGAGGAAAAGAAGAUUGUUGAGGAAUUCGAGCUUUAUUAUUCUGAUCUCUUCACUUCUAACAAUUCUAAGAAUUGGGACCAAGUUCUGCUACAUGUUCCUAGGGUUGUAACUGAUCAUAUGAAUGGGGAGCUCACUAGAGAUAUCUCUGAGGAAGAAAUCAGAAUUGCAGCCUUUCAACUUUGGGCUAAUAAAGCCCCAGGCCCUGACGGGUACAAUGGCACUUUCUAUCAAAAAUAUUGGGAGAUUGUGAAGGAGGCGGUGUGUGCAGCUGUUAAGAGUUUCUUUUCCUCUGGUCGAAUGCUUCACGAGAUUAAUAACACUAAUAUCAUCCUUAUCCCUAAAACCAAAAACCCAGAAUCUGUAAACCAAUUUAGACCUAUCAGUCUCUGCAACUUUGUCUAUAAAAUUAUCUCCAAAAUUUUAACCAACAGACUCAAACCCUAUAUGGAUUCUAUCAUCACCCAGGAGCAAGGUGCCUUUGUUGGGGAAAGGCAGAUCCAAGAUAACAUCCUGAUAGCCUCUGAAGCAUUUCAUUACCUUAAGCUCAAGAAGAAGGGUCAGAAAUAUUAUAUGGGCCUUAAGUUGGAUAUGAACAAGGCAUAUGAUCGGGUGGAGUGGGGUUUCUUGGAAGCAAUUCUGGAAAAGUUUGGCUUUUGUCAAAAAUGGAUUAAGUGGAUUAUGGAGUGUCUUUCUACGGUCUCAUAUACUCUUGUUAUCAACGAUAAGCCUUCUGGUAGUAUAAUUCCUAGUAGAGGUCUUAGGCAAGGGGACCCUAUUUCCCCUUAUCUUUUCCUUUUUGUUGUCGAUGUCUUGUCUAGAAUGGUCCACUCAGCCGUGUCUGUUGGUGUCCUCCAUGGUACCUAUUUGAGUAGGUAUUGUCCUCCUCUAACCCAUCUGCUCUUUGCAGAUGACUCUCUUUUCUUCCUUGCAGCUACUAAGGAGAAUUGUGAUGGCAUGACUUGGAUCCUCAAAGCUUAUUGUGAUGCCUCGGGCCAGCUGGUGAACCUGCAGGAAUCUAGUAUAAUUUUCAGCAACAACACUCCUGCUGAUGUCAGAUUUCAAGUUGAAGCUUCUCUGCAGAUUGUUGGUGCACCUAACCCUGGAACAUAUUUGGGAGUGCCUAACCUUUGGGGUAAAACUAAAUGUCAAGCAAUGAAGUUUAUCCAGGAGAGGAUUAAAGAUAAGCUGCAAGGGUGGAGGCAAUGCUGGCUAUCUCAAGGUGGUAAGGAAGUUCUCAUUAAAUCGGUUGCUAGUGCGCUGCCUACUUAUAUUAUGUCUGGCUACAAGUUGCCUAAGAAGUUAUGUGGAGAAAUUAAUUCUGAUAUGGCCAGUUUUUGGUGGGGACAAGGUGAUGAGAGUAGCAAAAUACACUGGUUAAGUUGGGAAAAGCUCACAAAUGGGAAGGAGAAAAGAGGCAUUGGUUUCAGAAAUCUAGAAGACUUCAAUAGGGCCCUCCUCGAAAAGCAAGGAUGGCGGAUUCUAACCCAACCUAAUGCAUUUUGGGUUAAAAUUCUCAAAGCUCUCUACUUCAAGGACUGUGACUUUAUGGAGGCCCGCAAAAUAUCAAGAGCUUCAUGGUCUUGGGAUAGCAUCAUUGAAGGCAGGAAGCAAGGAGAAAUCAUUGGUGGUAACCUCCCGAGGAAAGUAGCAGAAAUAAUGGACAAGGAAGAAGGGAUUUGGAAGCUGAAGGCUAUCAAGCAAGAGGUGGAACCUGCUAUAAUCAACAAUAUAGAGAAACUUCUUAUUUCCCACAGCAAUGAAGAGGACCGGGUGGUUUGGCCUCAUAAUCAGGAUGGUAUUUAUUCUGUAAAAUCAGGGUAUUUUGCAAUUAAGGAUCAAGCCCCAAGAAUCCUGUCUACUUCCUCCUCUUCACAUCAGUGUGUUUGGUUUGGAUCUUGUCUUAACUACCAGAUUGAUAGGAGAAGGAUUACUACUUUUGAUGUGUGGAUUUUUGAAGUUCUUAAUAUGAAGGGUGUUAGAGAAUCAGUUAGAAUUGAGUUGCAGGCCAUAAUAGCUUUUAUAUGUUGGCAGAUUUGGAAGGCUAGGUGUGCUGCAUGUUUUGAAAAGAAAGGCCUCUGUGUUGAGCAUGUUAUCUAUGUCGCUGAGAAAGCAGUCCUUGAGUUUCAAAAAGCUAAAGAGUAUAGGAAUACAGCAGCCAAAGUUCAUAGUAAGGAAAGUGCUAAUGCUAUUUGGCAGAAACCUGUUGUUGGCCAUUUGAAAAUUAACUGCGAUGGUGCAUUCGAUGAACUCACAGGUACUGCUGCUUGUGGAGUCAUUGUUAGAGAUUGCAAUGGCAGAAUUAUAGAUGGUCUUGCUAAGCCUCUCUUGGUAACUUCUAGUGUGGAGGCGGAAGCCAUUGCUGUUAAAGAAGCUCUUAUUCUUGCCAAAGAUCGUCAGUUUGAACAUUUUGCUAUUGAAACAGAUUCUGAGGUUGUGCAGCGCAGUAUUACAAGUUCUCCCAAGGACUAUGUUCUAGAUUGGAAAAUUCUGCCAAUUGUUAAAGAUAUUAAAGAUGCUAUGGCCCUGAUUUCUACUGUGGAUAUCUCUUGGAUUGGUAGGAAAGCAAAUAUGGCAGCCAACUGGGUUGCGACUUCUAUGAGGAAAGGGAUGUGCCCUCUUGAUUGGGUUUCUCGACCCCCAUCCCAAUUACUCUACAUCUGCGACAAAGAUGGUGUUCCAGCCCCUCCUUAG